AUGGAAAAUCAAAAAAAUUUAAAUGAUCAAUUUGAUCCAAUAAAUAGAAUAAUAGAUGGUGUAGAAAAAGGAGCUCAAACUAUAAAAAAAAGAGCACGAUCAUUGUCAAAAGAAGCUGAAAGAGCAGUUGAAACGAUUCAAAACUUUUCUAAUGAAUCACAAUCUUUGGUUAGUCAAUUUCAAAAUAUUUUAUUAGAAGAACCUAUACAAUUGGUACCUGAAAAUACCAAACAAUUAAAAAUAACAUACAUGAAAAUAUUUCACUCCAUUUUAUCAAUGUUAUUUGGACAAAAAGUAGGAGAAUAUAUUAUAUUUAAAAUAUUUAAUCAACUUAUUGAUACUGAAUCAUCAAUACUUCUUGCAUUUAUAAUUAUUCCUGUUGUACUUACAUUAAAAUAUUUUCCAUCACUUAAUAAAGAUGAAAGAAAAGAAAAAUUAAGUGAAAGAUUUAUUUAUAUUUAUUCCAUAUUUAUUGGAAUGAUAUUAGGAUUUGUUUUUAUGCGUAUACAAACAGAUUCUAAUAUUUCUUAUGGUAUAAUAAAUGCUUCAAUUUUAUUUUUAUACUUUAAUACACCUGAAUUUGUAUUAUCCAUUGAUGAUAAAAGAAAAAAUCAAAUGAUUAUUAGUGUAAUAGGACCAUUGUCAAUGAUAUUUAUUGGUUUUAUAUUCAGGGAAUCAUUUGUUAUUUCUUUACUUGCACUAUUAUUUUAUAGUUGUAUAAAUUUUAUUUCUUUCCAAGUAUAUACUACUUAUAACAUUAAUAACAUAAAAGAAACUCCAACUGCUUUGAUCAUACUAAAUAUUAUUUCAGAAAUUUACAUAAAAACUGUAUUAUCUUUAAUUAAUUAA